UGGCUCAUUUGAUGUAAACGUGUGGCAGAGCAACAGCAAGAAGCACCUUUUCGUGUUCUCACAACUACAUCUCUGAUAAUUCAGUGCGAGCAGUCGAUUAUUCGGGCGCUGCGACCCGCAAAAAAUCAUCGAGGAACGACGUCGGUAUCAUUGGUUUUUUCCUGCGUGCUGAUAUGCACACACAGUAUGAAUAUUUUCUUUGACAUCUACUUCUGUCAUCAAAAGAAUGAUCGACCUUAUCCACAUCCUCCGCCCUGCUUGUGCAGCUGGCUUCCGCGGCCGCCCAUAGAGAGUUUCAUUGUUGUCGGUCAAAGAACAAGUAGUACAGAAGUUGUCGUCGAAAAUCGAUGGAUCAUUUGAGAUGAUCAUGUUGAUGACGUCGUCUCUUGCGAAGAUUUAUUUCGGUCUCACCUGCUAAAACUUCUCUCGGAUCAUCGAAGAUCUUCACAGGUGAUAGAUGUUGCGUCAAUUAUUAUCCUGUGUGGCCCUUUUCAGGAACUACCCACCUGUAGUCGAUGCUCGUGCAGCUAUUUGUAAACUAUAUAUCCCCCACGAAAUUAUAAUGAACUCGAACUCGAAGCGGGACUACAGUUUCUCAUGCCAGUUUGUGGCUCUGGUUCUGGAAAAAUAAGAAUCUGUGAUGGAGGUUUUGUUUCAGUACUUACUACGGUAGUAAUUUUUACCCCCGAUCAUUAUGGACACCACUUUCAGAACAUCAAAGACGUGAACAAUCGUUGACCCCGGUAAAAAUUCGGAAGUGCUCGGUCCUGCUCUUUCUGACAUUCCCUUUAUUCCUUACUCUUAUCGACACUAACUUACUACCGCACUUGCUUAGCACCGAGAGAAUGUUAGUCGCGGUGUAGAAGAUGCGGAUCCUAGUGGUAUUCUCCCAAUGUUGGUAGAUUAAUUGCGGAAGUUGUGGGAAAUCGAAAUCCAAAUCUUUAGCAACAGUACAACUAGAACCAUAUCCCCCACCUAUGGAUCCUACUAAGCGUGGCUACAAAAACGCGCUGGACGCGUCCUACACUGGCGGUACGUCCCAGCUAUCGUGGGGAAAUUUGAAACUGUCGCAGUCUCACCUUGUGAUGCGGAGCGUGGUCCUUGAGACAGUUUUUUGUCAUGCUUGUUCUCGACAGGUAUAAGAAUGAAAUGGACACUUUAAAAUAAGUACUAAGUACCUGUUUUAUUCAUCUCUUGCAUCUGACGCUGAAGGAAAUGAAUAAUAAAAUCUGUAAUGCUGAACCUGCAUAAGGUUUGAGACUGAGGCAGUUUUUUCGUACGAUGUCCGCCCCUGUUCGAUUUCAAAGCGUAUUCCAACAAGACGGCACAUAUCAACUGCAAAAGUAUCGUACUCGUAUAAAUGCAUUACAAAUUUCCGCAGCAUGAGAAAUAAAAUUUGUAAUGCGGAUUUGCGUUCAGAAAAAAAUUUGUAAUGCAUGAUUGCAAUACGAGCACGAUAGUACUUUAGCACAGGAUACCACACCCAGUCGGGUACAGGUCGUCGUCGCAAAGCGGGACCACAAGAAAUUCGAACAAAACUUCGCCCGAGUUGUAUCCUGAUUAAAAACUACGUCCCCACGACCCCAGAGUCAAGUUGUCAAAUCUGCUACACAAAUCAGCCAGCUUUGGUUGUUUCGCAUGACAAGUUUGGGUUCGUAGUGUAGUAGUCCUUUUUAGCUGGUGGAGCCGCAUGACAAAUUGGCUACCUGAUCCUGAUUCCAGCAUGACAAGAAAAUACCAGAUAGCACCACAGUAGAAAAUGGCUGUCAUUGGGCUCUGCAUGAGAAACAUUUUCAGCAUGCAGAUUUGCAUUACAACUAUGGGGAGGUGGGGACGUUUUUGCAUAGGAUAAGUUGCAGCAGGGGCAGAAUUUGAUUCCCGGCGAGCAGCAACGCAUGGAUCAUGCCGGUGCAUUUUUUGGGGACGGCAGCGUGCAGCAAGGGCCAGCAUCAGCAAGUGUCGUUCCGCCGCCACCGCCACUACCGAAAAAUUUGGGCAGUCCGAAGAACGCAUCUUCAAACCGUCGCCCAGCGCCCAUCAGGACGGAGGACUCCGGAACAACAAACGUUGCAGCGACAAGUGGUAACUACAAUAAUGACUUUUCUUCACCAAAGAAUGUCAAAAAUGUGGACGGGCUAGUACAUGGUGGAAAUCAAAUAUGCAAGAAAAAAACUGUGUAAAAAUGCAGAACAUGCGACAGAGUAUACACCUGUCAUGCCAGACAGCCAUGAAGUCCGCUUUUCAUGUGUGUUUUCCCUUAGAGGCCACGCAUGACCACAGGUUUUUUCUGUUAUGUAGAUCAAAUUUGUGAUGCUGGCAGCCAAAGAAAGCUAGACUGACACAGUUUUUUUCUUGGAUAUCAAAACCAAAAGCACCAGACGACGCCGUCGAGUGGCAAUAAAAUCCGCGAAGCCAGUAGCAUGCGGGAGUACGCUAUCCUGAGUAAAAACGUCCCCACCCCAGAGUUGUCAUGCAAAAACACUUGCUCAAAAUGUUUCUCAUGCGGGGCCCUAUGACAGGUAUUUUCUAGUCGUGUUUUGGAAUUUGUAAUGCUCCAAUCAGCAUGGUAGGCUAGAUUUGUGAUGCUUCUGAACGAGGUAAACAGGAUUACAGUACGAGGCCGAACUUGUUAUGCGCAACGCCCUAAGCUUGUAGAUUUGUCUAGCAGAUUGACUAUGGGGUGGGGACGUUUUUCCUCAGAAUAUACGCAGCACCUUUGUCACCGGAGUUUCGGAAACCGAAAACAAGCGGUACAACUUAUCCUGAGCAAGAACGUCCCCACCCCAGAGUUGUCAUGCAGAUUUGCAAUGACAGGAACAUUUGUAAUGCGCAUCUACAUCAGAGGCAUUUCCAAUCGUGUUUUGGCAUUUGUAAUCCUGUAAACAGGAUGAGGAGAUGAGUUUGUCAUGCGACUGUCCUUCCUAACCUGCACUACACUACAAAGACGAACUUGUCAUGCAUGGCUUCCAAAACUCCUCGAUUUGUGUUGCAGAGUUCACAACUUGACUAUGUGGUGGGGACGUUUUUACUCAGGAUACAAGUACGCCCAAAUCUACAAGCAACGCCGCUAACAUGCUGAAUGCGAGGCUCGAGUCCACAACCAGCUACAGUCGGCAGGGCAGCAGCAGCGAAUUCCGGCAGGUGCGCAUGCGCACGCCCAGUCACGGGUAUCCAAGAAAAAAACUGCGUAAGUGUAAAUUAGUGUUGCAGAAAAUGCAAAACUGUUACACUUGUCAUGCUGGACAUGCAUCAGAGGCAAUUUUCGUGCGUGUUUUCACGUACUAGCUACGCAUGACAGGAGGUUUUCUGUGUCAUGCAGAGGAAACUUGUGAUGCUAUUCCUCCAAGAAACUUACACUUACACAGUUUUUUUCCUGGAUAACGGGGAAGUGGUGGUUAAUAGAAGUGCUUCUGGUGGAGGAGGUGCAGCGGCCACGACACAGGAGCUGCAUCUUCAAACGGAAUUUAUUUCAUCGCAAGGAACUAGUACGACGCCAGCGAAUUAUAAUUUUUGGCCCAGCUGGGUCUGGCAGUACGCCGCGAACAGCUUUCAGGACGGACGAACUAGUAUGGAAUGCAAAUAUCUGGUCAUCAAGAACAUCUUCCGGCGGGUGGUCUGCAACCAGGGAGCCGACAUUUGUCAUGCUGUUUUUGCAUUUGCAGGAAGGGGUGGAAUUUAUCACGCAGAGAGUAUCCGGAUCAUUCGUCAAUAAGCUUUUUCAUCGAUCGAUCCUUAGACCCCCGUCUGAGAUGAAGUAGUGCUCAUGGAUCUUCGGGACGAGACAAGAUGAAACGCACAUCCUUUAUUUCUCACUAUACAACAAGACGGAUUUUUCAUUUUAUCAUCCACUCCAUAUCAACUCAUUCUCAACAGCAUCACAAGUUUGCGCAGUGGUCUUUCAUCGCAGAGGACCACCACCCAACCAUUUUUGCAAAAAUGCAUAGGGGCAAGCAACACAACUUCUAAGGGCCCGUCACAUUUCAAAUAUCUCGACGGCGUCCCAGCGGGAACUACAAGUGCUGGUGCCCAGCAGCAAAGAGGAUUUGCGGGUGGAAGUAGGAGACCCUAUAAAGAUUACAUCGACGACGAGCUGUCUUCUAGAGGAUUCUACUCUCGUUUCCUCCACGAGAAGUGCGGCCUGACGCCGAAACUGCUCCUCGCAGUGCUUGCGGGCUUGGCCCUCGGCGCGGUGCUGGUGAUUGUCACGUUUUUGCUGUUCGCCGGAGAUGGAAUAUCAAACAAAAAAAGUUCCUCACGAUCGUCACUCAUGCGCAUUUUUGUAAUGCAAAACUUUCUGUCAUGCUAAAAAAUGCAUCACAGCCAAACUUUACAGGGGAUUUGCCUAGUGCUUCUGCAAUACAAGGAAGAGUUGUUAUUCUAAAAAAGUUUGUAAUGCAAAACCUGCAUUAGUUAGUGACUGUGAAAAACUUUUUUCCCUCCAUAUGGAAAAACGAGCAGUGAGGAGGGCAAUCCUUCAAAUAUCCUGAGUAAAAAUGUCCCCACACCAGAGUUGUCAUGCAAAUGCGCAAUGAGAGGAAAAUUUUUAAUGCGCGUCUCCAUGAGAGGCAUCGCAUUUCCAAUCGUGUUUUUGACUUUGUAAUGCUGUAGGCACGAUGGGAAGCUGGGUUUCUCAUCCGGCUUCCCUUGCUGACCAGCACUACACUGCAGAUGGAAGCUUGUCAUGCGCAGCUCUCAAAACUUGGAGGUUUGUGUUGCAGAUUUACCAACUUGACGUAUGGGGUGGGGACGUUUUUACACAGGAUAUCAGAGACCGGGACGAGGAACCCCGGCUCGCAGCAGGAACCUGCUAUGUCCCUGUCCGAAGUGCAACGAUCCAUAACAAAUGCUCUAGUGAUAUCAAAUGCAAAAGUGUCUGGGUCUGGAAGGUUGCAACUUGUAAUGCUACUUCUGGAUCGUGCAAAAAUCUGUGUUGCAUGAAUGCCAAAAGCUGUCCACUUUUGACCCAGUUGAGAGGAAGUUUCUCAUGCAGGAAAGGCAUGAUACGGAUCUCACAGAAUCUGUCAUGCUAGGUCCUGCAUUCCAGACGACGUGGAUCAUGGAAAAUCUGCAUGACAAACCUAGCAAUGUUCCAGACCCAGACAUUUUUGCUUUUGAUAAGUGAACGGCGUGCCCCAUUUCAACGCCGGCGACCCCUGUACUACGGUGACGAUCUACCAGAGCGAGCAGGAAACCCUACUCACGAAGCAAAUCCCCACCAACGUGCGAAUAAGGUUGACGGAAACUAUGCAAUGCAGAAGCAUCGUACUAGUAUAAAUUGCAUUACAAAUUAUAGCCCAGCACUACAAAUUAAAUUUGUAAUGCUGAUUUACCUUAUGAAAGAGAUGCAAUUACUACGAGUACGAUACUUUUGCACGGGAUAGAAACCAACCUGCAGCAAAUGAUGCAGUCGUUUGAUACGACAAGGAGUUCGAGUACUGAGUGUAUCAAUACGCAUUGCAAAUAUGUCUCGUUCCUCUGGAAGAUUAAAACUUGUCAUGCUAAAUCUGAAUGAUGCAAAUAUCUGUGGUGCGUGAGUACCAAAAUCCGUCCGCCUUUGACCAAAUUGAGAGGGAGUUUCUCAUUCAGGAAAGGCAUGAUAGAGACCGGAAGAAAUCUGUCAUGCUGGGUCUCGCAUUCCAGACCUAAUGGCUCAUGCAAAACGUGCAUGACAAGUCUCAGAAUCUUUCCGACCCGGACAUAUUUGCAAUUCAUAAUCAACGCGGCGUGGCAAAUCAGAUACGCGUUCGACGAUGUGCUGGCGAUGCAAGACCUAGCUGCGCAGGUGGAGGACAACAACGCACAAUUAGCCGGAAGUAGUUCGUCAUCUGGAGCAGGUACUUCUUCGGCACCCGCUUCCUCAGCCGUGAAAGAAACAAAAUCCGUAUCGCAAGGAAGAAUUCCCCCCUGGCCCGUAUUGACGAGGUAGGUUUUCGAAAAUUUGUGUUGCUGAUUUGUGACGACCACAAAUCGCGUCUGUCUUGCAAGACGCCAUUUAUUCCACCGGCUCCGCCGCAUUAUUCUUGCAGGCGGUUUGUCAUGCUGUUGGGCCUGCAGCGCGGACGUUUUUCAUGCUAAGCGCCUAGGUCACAGCCUCGCUGCUCAGGCUUGGUAUGGGUCUGCAGUCCGCUCCAUCAAGACGAAUCUGACUUGUGUACGCAAAUCCAGCUACUUCGGAGACUUUGUUUUGAUAGAUAUCUAUGGGGAGGGGGAUUUUUCCUUUUGAUAAUCCGUGGCCGAAAUUCAGACGGAAAUUACCCGCGAGUUGACGGGUAUUUCGGCAGAACCGUAUUACAGUGAAAAGUGCCCCCCACCCCCAAAGUGGCAAAAAUUUGUGAUGCGAAGUUUCCAAAUGAAAAUUUUUUGUCAUGCAUGAAAGGAAUAUGAAUCUUUCUGAUGCAGAUUCUCGUGGUGUUUCGCAUCGCUCGCAUGACAAGCACCGCUCUUGCUGGGAUCUUUUGCAAUACAAAUUUUUGCUAUUCACCAUCGGAAAUCUGUGAUGCUGAUACACGCAAGAGGGCGAAUGUUUCAUUUGGAAAGGUUUGCAAUGCAAAUGCUUUCAAGUUCGGGGGUGGGGGCAUUUUUCAUUGUGAUAAACCGGACGCCAAGCAAAAAACGCAGCUCGCGUUGAACCUGCACCGGAAAUUUCUGAGUAGCUACCAAUUGCCCCUUAUGCAUUGCAAAUAUGUCUGGGUCUGGGAGAGUGCAACUUGUGAUGCUCAUUUGGAUGCUGAAAAAAUCUGUAUUGCAUGAGCAGCAAGAGGAGUCAAAUUUGGCUACGCGGAGGGGGCGUUUGUCAUGCGGGAUGCGCGUCGAUAAACGGUAAAAAGUCUGUAGUGCUAGGGCAUACAUCACAGACAUCAUGGAUCAUGGAAAAUGUGCAUGACAAAGUUGUCCUCUACCAGAUGCAGACACAUUUGCAUUUGAUACCCCUCGACAUCGAGAUUAUCGUGAAAAAUGCGGAGCUGAAGUUGAACAGCUACUACCGAGUUUUGCCGAUCGACUCCCAGAAUUCAGAAACGGCGUUGGUCGAUAACUUCGGAACCGAAGUGUUGCAGAUGCUUUUGGAGCAGGAGUUUGAAAGAAUUCUAGCUUUACCUUCCAGCUCCGGAGGGAGUGGCGGGGGCGUUUCGGGGACGCAGGUCGUGCCAACAGCUGCAGCAACAACGACAGCGUCAGCCUCCUCUUCGAAUGGUGGCAGCGCAGGGACCUCAACUUCGCAAGCAGCAGCUGCUGGUCCAGCAACAGCUAUCCCAUGUAAAAACGUCCCCACCCCAUAGUUGUCAUGCAAAUCUGCAUGGUAAAAAUGUUUCUCAUGCGGAGCCCUAUGAGAAGCGUUUUCUCUUCGUGUUUUGACAUUUGUGAUGCUUGAAUCAGCAUGCUAGGCUAGAUCUGUGAUGCUGCUGGGGCUAUUAUAAAUAGGAUUAUACUACGAGGCCAAACUUGUCAUGCGCAGCAACCAAAGCUGGUGGAUUUGUCUAGCAGAAUUCCCAUCUUGGCAGCUCUGAUGUGGGGACGUUUUUACAUAGGAUAACAGUACCGUCCGCCACGAAUCCCGCGUCUGACCGGGGAAAAGUGGUGUUGCCUUACCAACUGCAAAUAUGUCUGGGUCUGGAAGAGUGUAAACUUGUCAUGCUGUCUUUGGAUUCCAAAAAAAUCUGUAUUGCGUAAGGAGCAAGAGGAGUCCAGUUUAUGCUACGCGGCGGGGGUAUUCCUCAUGCGGUAUAGGCAUCAGGACGCCCUCGCAAAAUCUGGGAUGCUAGGUUAUGCAUUACAGGCAUCAUCGGCCAUGCAAAAUGUGCAUGACAAGUGUUCAUCCAACCUUUCAGACCCAGACAUUUUUGCAUUUGAUAUGCCUCCCACUCCAACCACGACCACGAGCGCGCCGACUCAGUUCGCCACGAAUUAUCAAAAUGAAAAAUCCCCCCUCCCCAUAUCGAAAGGGAAGUCUGUGAUGCUGUAUUUGCGUACACAAAUCAGCUUUGUCGUGCAGUAGAGCACUACAGGCAGAUGCAAAGCCUGGAACGGGGUGGCUUGAGGUAGUCACUUAGCAUGGCAGAUGUCUGCCCCAUUGGCGCGGCAGCAUUACAAAUCGCCUGCGAAAUGCGGCGGAAGCUCUGGCUUUGCCCUCUUGCAAGACAGACUCGAUCUGUGGCCACAAAUCAGCAUCACAAAUUUUGAAACGCGCACCGUUUCGAUAUGGGGAGGGGGGAUUUUUCCUCACAAUACGAAUUCCAAUCUGUUCACCCCCGUCAGCCUCACCUCCGGCGCGUUGCAAAUUGUGACCGACCGCGUGAUGGGGGGCAUUUCUACGGCGUCGUAUGAUACGGGAAGGAAAAUCUUCCAGGGCAAUGUUCUAGCCGCGAACAACGGCGGUUUUGCAUCGGUUCGGAUGUACAAAGCAAUGAAUUUUGACAAAGCCGCGGGCUACAAGGGGUUGUACGUGAAAGCGCGGCGGGCGGACGACAUUACGAACGACGGCACAAAUCGGGAAAUCACCCUGGAAAUGAUCGCCGACGUGAGCGGUGUGGGGCAGUACGUGAUGGAGUUUAAACCGAAUUUUUCGGACACUUCCGCGACUUUCCUCUUUCCCUUUGACGGCUCCUGGGCGCAGGAGGCUUUCAGCUGGCGGCGGAGUGGGAAGCGGGCGGUCUUGUUUGACCCGACAAAAAUCGGGAUGCUGGGGUUUAUGGCGAUCAAGCCGAAGAUUCUCGGGGAGUUCGCCGUGUACAUAGAGGAGCUGGGUGGUUAUUUCUGAUGCCAAAUUUUUAUUUUUAUGAGAAGCAUAAUGCCCGAUCUCAGCCUCAGGUUCCUCGUUUUUGUAAACAGGAGUGACAGGAGCGACAGAACAGGAGUAAGUUGCAGACAUAGAAGAAGAAGAUGUGCAGCAGGAGUGUGGGUUUGCAAUCUUCUCGACGAGGAGAAGCAUGAUAGAUAAGGCGGCCGGACUAUACAGUGUCGGUGUCGCCGAAGCAAGAGAACAAAAAGUCUACACAAGUACUCACCGCACAUCAGCCACAGCGCGAUCAUGAAGCUGAUUUUAUUUCUGUUGUUCAUCCCACCUCUCGUUUGACUGACCUGCGAAAGAU